AUGCUAGCCUCGCAAGCGAGAGGAACCGGGUUCGAUCCUUGGCAUGGGCGACACUAUGGUAUAUCUGUUGCUAUUGGUGGAAGUAUAUCUGUUGCUAUUGGUGGAAGUAUAUCUGUUGCUAUUGGUGGAAGUAUAUCUGUUGCUAUUGGUGGAAGUAUAUCUGUUGCUAUUGGUGGAAGUAUAUCUGUUGCUAUUGGUGGAAGUAUAUCUGUUGGUAUUGGUGGAAGUAGAUCUGUUGCUAUUGGUGAAAGUAUAUAUGUUGCUAUUGGUGGAAGUAUAUCUGUUGCUAUUGGUGGAAGUAUAUCUGUUGCUAUUGGUGGAAGUAUAUCUGUUGCUAUUGGUGGAAGUAUAUCUGUUGCUAUUGGUGGAAGUAUAUCUGUUGCUAUUGGUGGAAGUAUAUCUGUUGCUAUUGGUGGAAGUAUAUCUGUUGCUAUUGGUGGAAGUAUAUCUGUUGCUAUUGGUGGAAGUAUAUAUGUUGCUAUUGGUGGAAGUAUAUCUGUUGCUAUUGGUGGAAGUAUAUAUGUUGGUAUUGGUGGAAGUAUAUCUGUUGCUAUUGGUGGAAGUAUAUCUGUUGCUAUUGGUGGAAGUAUAUAUGUUGCUAUUGGUGGAAGUAUAUCUGUUGCUAUUGGUGGAAGUAUAUAUGUUGGUAUUGGUGGAAGUAUAUCUGUUGCUAUUGGUGGAAGUAUAUCUGUUGCUAUUGGUGGAAGUAUAUAUGUUGCUAUUGGUGGAAGUAUAUCUGUUGCUAUUGGUGGAAGUAUAUAUGUUGGUAUUGGUGGAAGUAUAUCUGUUGCUAUUGGUGGAAGUAUAUCUGUUGCUAUUGGUGGAAGCACAUCUGUUGGUAUUGUGAAUAUAUCUGUUGCUAUUGGUGGAAGUAUAUCUGUUGCUAUUGGUGGCAGUAUAUAUGUUGCUAUUGGUGGAAGUAGAUCUGUUGCUAUUGGUGGAAGUAGAUCUAUUGCUAUUGGUAGAAGUAUAUCCGUUGCUAUUGGUGGAAGUAGAUCUGUUGCUAUUGGUGGCAGUAUAUAUGUUGCUAUUGGUGGAAGUAUAUCUGUUGCUAUUGGUGGAAGUAUAUCUGUUGGUAUUGGUGGAAGUAUAUCUGUUGCUAUUGGUGGAAGUAGAUCUGUUGCUAUUGGUGGAAGUAUAUCUGUUGCUAUUGGUGGAAGUAUAUCUGUUGGCUGUAGUACGGCCCUCUAUAUAAAAUAUGGUUUGCACACGCACCUGGCGCACCAGAUCGUCAGCUCCUGGAACCACUGCCGUGACCCUGCCCAAUGGCCAUUUGUUGCGAGAAAGAUUGUCUCCAGUGACUAG